AUGACAGAUUUUCCUGUGCUUGAUGGCUUCACUACUAAUUCUAAUUCUAACGUAAAUUUAUCAUCGGAUCCAACAGCCGACUUUCUUGCACGCGAGCAGGCGUUACUUGGUGAAGAUGCUGCAAUCUUUGCGGCGGCUCCAACUUCAACCAACUCGUCAACUGUAGUGACGGAACUUGAAGGUUUCCCAGAGAUUUCUACAGUAGCAACUAUAAGCCCUGCAACAUUACCUGUUACAACGUCCUUCACGUCUCCUACACCUGACUAUUCUGCGUUUCAUAAUGAGUUUCCACCUGUUGAACUAGCUACUUCGAGUAUCCCCACCAUUCCACCAUCUUUUGAUGGAACAUCGGGAUUAAGUCAGGUGACAAUCGAGGAAGAACAAGAGAACGAAGUAUUGAGAGAAUGGAGAGAGAGACAACAAGAGUUAAUUGCAGAACGUGAUGAUGCUUCUGAACAAAAAAAACAAGAGACCGUAAAACAAGCCCAUGAUGAAAUCGACAAAUUCUAUAGUGAAUACAACGAGAAAAAAGCUAUUGCUCAACAACAUAACAGGAAAGAAGAAGAAUUAUUUAUACAGGAAAGAGAUGACAUCACUUCUGGUACCUCAUGGGAACGGAUUUGCAAGAUUCUGAAUCUUGUUAAUACUCAAAGUAAAUCAAAUAAUAAACACGAAAAAGACGUCAGCCGAUUUAAAGAAUUACUUUUGGAUUUGAAAAAAGAUGAAAAGGCGCCGGGUGCGGGUGGAUAUUAA